CUUACAUAUAUCUAUGGUAUCCCUCUUCAGCAGCAAGUCUAUGGCCAAGCCUCCCAAGAAGCUGAGAGAAGUUCCCUGACUUCAGUAAUAUCCCGCUGGCAGACCCUCUCCUGUUAGCUCCCCUCUCUCUUUUAGGUGUUCGCUCCGUCGUUGAGUUCAUGACGGUUGCUGACGGUGACACCCUCGCGCUCAUAAUGCCUGUCCGAGCAGAGUGCUGCAGCACCACCGGCUUGGCCUGCUCAUCCUCGGCCUCUCUUUUCCCUCCUGCCCCGAUCAACACGUACCAGCCGGGGGUAGCCACUUCGCUUCUGUACAGCGGUUCACAGUUUCGGGGAUAUCAGAAGAGUAAAGGCAACUCCUACGACGUGGAGGUUGUUCUACAGGUAACGUUUUUACUCAUCUUCAACUGUGUUUUUUUUAUAUUAAUGUUAGUUUUUUUUUAAAUGUUACCUGCGAACUUAGCGUAUUUGUAGCCCGAGCUACCGUUAGCCUGUCGGGCUCAUUUUUCAGCUGCUUGGUGUGAAUUACUAACACACUGACCUACUUUUGAGCCAGCCCAGGUGACCGUUUCUGCUUUGACAUGACGAGUUAAUUACAGAAAUUAACUUUUUGAUCAACUGUUUUCAGUUCAUACGCCUCCCAAAUACGUAGGCAAUGUUGUACAGCUAGCUUCACAAAUAAGUGAUAUUUAUCCCCAACCAUGAACAGCAAUCAUGCCUUACUAACCAACGCCCACCUGCAUACCAACUUACUUCAUAUUUGUUAUAUUCUAGGGAUGCACAAUUUGCAACAUCCACGUGAAGGAAAUGUAUUAUUUUGCUGUAAAUUAGGACUUUAUGUAGUGUAUGUAAUUACUGUUUUCUCUUUUAGUAUAAACACUUUACCUUUUGGAUAGAGACCAGGCUUUCGCACUUAUUGAAGGCAACCAAACAAAGUUUUAACUAGAGAUGCACCGAUCCUUUUUUUCCGAUCCUAUCCAUUACCGAUAUCUGGGCCGAUCGUAUCGGCCGAAAUCAGAUACCGAUCCAAUAUUACUGUUGAAUGAAUGAACUGUAUACCUCGCUCUGUGAGUGAAGGCAUCAGACUUGACAUUAGCCUAAUUAAAAAUGAACACAGAUAUAUAUUUACUUAAUAUCAUUUAUUAACAAAUUGCACAUUAGCACACAGCAAAAAGAAAUACGACUUACAUUUAUUAAAAGAAGAAUUAAUUAAAAGAAAAAAAUGACUGGAUCGGAACACUGGAUCGGCAUUAUUCAUCAGAUAUCCGAUCCAGUGCAUCCCUAGUUUUAACCAGCUAUCUGCUAUCCUGGUGAUGAUUAAAAUGGUGAAAAAUGUCUUGAAGAUAUAGCUUCAAUUCAAGAACAACAUGUUUUGAACACAGGUAAUGUGUUACACACCGAUAUCAGCAGAUUAAGUCCACUCUUUAAUAACUGAUUAGUUACCACACAUCUCAUUGAUAUCACAAUAUUGAAUCAUGCUGUUGAACAUCAUAUUAUUCCCUAUCAUUCAAGCCUAGUGUCGGAUCAGAAUCAACAAUCAAGUGUCAAAAAGAAGAGUUUUGUUUUGUUAUUAGAUAAUAUUAAAUCACAAAUUAUAAAAGACAUGGUUUUUAAUUUUUCAUUGAAUCUUUAUAAUUUAAUUUCCUGUUAGUUGAUAUUCCAUUAAAUGUCAAAGAAAGAGAAAACAAAUCAAUGUAUUUUUCCAGAUGUCAUGCAGCUGUGAAGGCAUAUUAAUAUGAUAAAUAAAGAAUACCUUAUGAUAGCGUGACAACAACACAAAGCUGAGCAGAAAAAAUACAAAAAGAAGGCAACACAGAAGUGCAGCUAAAAUUACUCCCUCCCUUUAACAUUUUUUUUCAUGUUGGUAUGUGGAAAAAAAAAGAAAAGCCACUUCUGCUCUUGUGAUUGUGACCUGUCCCUUUGAGUUACAUAAUUGUGUUUUAAAAAUAACUCUUCAUUUGUUUGUCUUUGGCAGCAUGUGACAAUGGAGGACUCGUAUUUGUGUGGAUACCUGAAGAUCAAAGGUCUGACUGAGGUAAGCUUUCAAACUGGGUCACUCAUACUGACCUUGAUCCUGUCCGAGCGUAAACUGCAUCCACGUUUCAGCGUGUUACAGCUGGUUUCUGCUUGAUUGAUUCGAGCUUAAUUGUGUCAUAUUUGAUAAGAAAAGUACAAGGCCAUCAGGUUCAGCCUCUGCUUUCGGGUUUAGACUCCAAUCCUUGGCACAAGUGUGUCAAGUGUAUACUCAUUACAUUAUGCAACAUGUGGAGGGGAAAAGGCCAGAAGGAUCCUGAAGUGCAUUUUGGCUGCAGCUGCUGCAGGUGGUGUGAAAGAUGAGAUGAGGUUGUGUGUGGUUCCAGAGACAGAAUUAGCCUGACUUGGACUGAAAAGUUGAGAAACUUAAGAUGACAAAUUGUUAUUUAUAUUAUAUAUUUUUUCCCCUCUCUCUGUGUGACAGGAGUACCCAACACUCACAACGUUUUUCGCUGGUGAAAUAAUCAGCCAAAAAAGGCCCUUUUUAACUCGCAAAUGGGACGCAGAUGAAGACGUGGACAGAAAGCACUGGGUAUGUUAUGUUUGCCUUUUCUUUUCAAAAACAUAUGAAGAGGAGUGUGCAGGAAAUUUCUCUUGUUUCUUCUGAUCAUUUUAUGAGUUUCUGCUGUCUAAUAUAGUAUUCAAUGAUCUGUCUGCAGGGCAAGUUCAAGCCUUUUUACAAAUAUGCCAAAAGCUUCAACUCCGAUGACUUUGACUAUGAAGCACUCGAGAACAGCGAUUAUGUCUUCAUGAGGUGGAAGGUCAGUGGUGCUGAUGACAUCAUUUUGCUAAUGUGUGAAAUAGUUUGAUCGUUGCAUCAACAAAAUCAAACCCAGAAAGGCUCUAGCACCAUAAAUGGAAAACUUCUGUGUGGUUUUGUGAGCCAAUGUUCGCCUAUUCACAACUUUUAUAUUGAGAAAAUGUCGAUCCUGCUGCUGCAAAAGAACUUUAUCAGCUAAGGUCGCUUUCACACCAGAGCUGUUUGGUCCGCUUUAAAUGGACCAGAGUUCGUUUCCUCGGAUAGUCCGCUUCCUUUGGGCAGGUGUGAAAGCUCAUCCGAACUCUGGUGCGGACCAAACAAGCGAACUCUGGUCCGCCUGAAAACACGGGUCUCGGUUCGUUUGCAAAUGAACCCUGGUUCGGUUCGUAUGCAGAGUGAAAGCUAUGGCAACAAGUGACCGCUGACAGUAGCAGUUGCUAGCUAGCUUAGCACAAUUGUCUGAACAACAAUAACUCAUAAAUUCACAAUUUGGCAUAUUUAAACAAAAUCAAAUCACAACUACCAACAGUCACAGUCCUUAAACUCUGUGUUUGAGACAGUGCGAGGGUGUAGGUGUGUUUUGGUUGACACUCACCAGUUACUUUACGACUACAGGUGUCAUCAACAGAUUUCUGAAAAGUGUUUAGCGCCAAGAUGAUUUAACCUUUCCUUUUUUCUUUCUGCAUCUCCAGGAACAGUUUCUUGUUCCAGACCACACCAUUAAAGACAUCAGCGGAGCCUCCUUCGCUGGCUUUUAUUACAUCUGCUUCCAGAAGUCCACAGCCACCAUUGAGGGGUAUUAUUACCAUAGGAGCUCUGAAUGGUAACAGCAAACACAACAAAAUCUUCUCUCUCUUUUUUUAGUGAAAGUUCGUGUACUGAUGUCAAUCUUUUUUUGUCUCUAUCUGCAGGUACCAGUCUCUAAAUCUCAACCAUGUUCGAGAGCACAGUAUGCCUAUUUAUGAGUUUCGGUGACGAACACACAGACGAGUGUUGAGUCAAGCUGAGGACAGUCCUUAGUGCUCUGUGGUCUGACAGGAAGGGAACGACGGAGAGCCCCUCAAUUGGAAAAACUGGAGCUGAUCCUGAUCCCUUACUGCGGGGGAACUUAACCUGCGAUCAGACACUGGGCUGAUGGACUGAAAGAAAGUCGGCGCAGAGAAAGUGGAGCUGAUUAAAGAUCGGCAAUAAAUGGACAGUUUUUACAGUGAACGUAAGACUGCUGUUUGCCUUGAACUUCAUUUUGAUCCUCAUGUUUUUGAUUAUUUUAAUUUUUCAUUUUGUGCAGCCUGAUUCCUUCAUGCUCUCAUAGAAACUGUCUCCCUGUAGUUAGAAAUCAAAGCGGCAGAGACACUAAAAACAAAAGGCCUUUAAGAUAAGAGCUGCAGGAGGAAAGGAUUUAAAACUAUGGGAAGAGUUUGUUGAGUAAAGCUUAAGUUCUUUUAAACAUAUAUCAUCCUUGCAAUCUCACUCUGAUGCCCUGUAGUGAUUUGUGCAGAGUGUAAUGGUGGAAUAAUUGCCAAAAGAUUGCAGAAGUAGUGAUGAUCAACUUUUUUAUGCAAGGUGUGUGAGACUGGAGGUUAUGGUCUGGUUGCUCAGGGAAGGUCUGUGUGAGUAUUGUGUUGUUAUGGAAAAACGACGACUGAAUUAGGGGUUUGGAGUAGGGAUAACCGCUAGGGUGGCGUCUGAACAGCUCAUAGCGAAUAGUUAAUAGUUAUUAAAAGCUGCUGCUUUCUAUGCAAACCAAAGGUCUCUAAUAGGUAGAAAUUUUACCUCCACUUUACUUAUCUUAUUUCUGAUUAUUCGUCUUCCAGAGUGUUUGGUUUAUUCUUCUUAAUACUGAAUGACAUCGAGUGAGAAAGCCCAAGAAAAACAAGUUGUGCUGCAAAAGUUUGUGGAUUCGUUGUACUAAAAUGACCAGCGUUUGAAGCUCAAGAUAUGCGAGAGAACAUUCCACUACAGUUAAACAUUAACACUCAACAAUCAGUCAGAAAGUGUCGACAGAUAGGAGACAAGAAAAACAGCAAAUCAUGGUAUCUCAACUUAGAGUUUCAGAUCAAUGCGGCUAAAUGAGUCAAUAUAACUGGAAUUUUAAUGUAGUUUAGUUAUUCAACAGCUUCAUACCACAUGCCUGUGAUCUACUUGGUAUUAUUUCUCUGUCCACUGUGGAAAAAGCAACAAAAGGACUAACGGGAGAAGUCUAAAGUACAAAGGUUGAUGUGAAAGAAAACCUUUUGAUGCUCUAGAGGAAAACAAACCCUCUGCCUUACUCUUUUAAAUGUUUGUAAAGCUCUUUUUUUUAAAGGAACAGGAACAGUAAGAAUAUCUGUGGAAAAAAGAAGUCAAACUUUUUCUCCGGAAAAGGUUGAUUUAAGUUUUUGUUUUGGAGAGUGCAUGUACUCCGUCUGCCUGCCUCGCUGUUGCUCAUAGACUUUAAACUGACUCGCCGUAUGCAGCAUGUCCGAGUGGAUUUGAUGGGUUGUGGGGAUUACUAACGACGGCUGUGUAAUUUUUAAGUUUAGAGGUCGAAGUCUGAGAGACUUCAUAAUAAUUUUGCCUUUUUUAAUUAAUCAUGUAACAGAAAAAAAUGUGCAAUGCAAGAAGGAAAUGUUUAGGAGUGGGAGGAGUGUGUCAUUUCAGGUCAGUAAGGAGAUGAUGUAUGAUAAAUCUGCUGUGAUGGCAUUGUGUGAGGAGGAGGAGGAGGAGGAAUAAAGAGUGACAUAUUUUCUAAACAGUUGUGCAUUG